UAGGCUGAAGUGAUGUCAUAGAAGUGGGCUGAAAGGCGUGGCGUCCACAACUCUCUCUCCAUGGUCAGAGCAGCCGAGAAGCGCAGCAUGGCUUACAGAUACAAGCGCCACGAUGCUGGCUCAGCCAAUGGACAGAGUCAUGAGGAUAAUCCCAACUGGAUGACUUACAAAAAGAUGGAGGCCAUACUAGAGCGCAUGCAAGAUGAACAGACAGGUGUUUGCGUUAGAACAGUCAAAAGUUUUAUGACAAAAAUUCCGAGUGUGUUCACAGGAGCUGACCUCAUUAGCUGGAUGAUGAGAAACCUGGAUGUGGAUGACCAAACUGAAGCUCUUCACAUGGCCAACUUAAUGGCAUCCCAUGGGUAUAUGUUUCCUAUUGAUGAUCACAUACUAUCAGUGAAAAAUGACAACACAUAUUACAGGUUUCAAACUCCAUGUUUUUGGCCAUCCAGAAGUGGAGAGCCUGAAAACACAGAUUAUGCUGUAUAUUUGUGUAAGAGAACAAUGCAAAACAAACAACGACUUGAACUGGCUGACUAUGAAGCAGAGAACUUAGCCCGAUUACAGAAAAUGUUUUCACGCAAAUGGGAGUUUAUCUAUAUGCAGGCGGAGGCACAGAUCAAAGUUGACAAAAAGAGAGAUAAACUUGAACGCAAAGUUCUGGAUAGUCAAGAAAGGGCUUUUUGGGAUGUCCAUAGGCCUGUGCCUGGGUGUGUAAAUACAACAGAAGUAGACAUUAAGAAGGCCUGUAAGAAUAAUAAAGCACGUCCAGCAAGGAUCUCGUACAUAGUGCCUGGAGGCAGAUUGAGUCCUGGUGUAUCAGUAAAUGAUCUCCAUGAUCCAGCUCAAGGUCUGACACAAGAGAUUGAAUGCUACAGAAGAAGGCUGGGAAGGCGAUGGGUUAAAGUGUCCAAAGUGGCUGAAAGCUACACAUCGUACUAUGAACAGUAUGCCGAGUUUGAUGCCUUCAUAACACCCCAAGAAUAUGCCAAUCCCUGGAUAGUAGACAAUGCAGAGCUAUGGGAUCUGGAGAAGACAAUGAAGGAUUUACCACAAAGGAGAGUGAAAAAAUGGACAUUUAGCAUUUAUGAACUGCUGAAGGAUCCAGCUGGUAGAGAUCACUUUGGGAAAUUCCUUGCCAAGGAAUUUAGUGGAGAAAAUUUAAACCAUUUCUUGUUGGAUCAUAAUAUAUUUAAACUAAUGAAAAAUGACAGUUACACCAGAUACCUCAGGUCAGACAUGUACAAGGAGUUCCUGAACGGCACCAAGAAAAAGAGCUCUGGCAAGAGAUCACUUACCCUUAGGAUAGAAAGUAGAAGAUCUGUAUUAUCCCUGACAAACUAUAGCACCAAGUCAACCUGAGAGUAGCUGCCAUGCCAGUACUUAACAGCUACUGUGCUAGUGCUUCAAAACCACUGGACCCAUGGGGAAUAAUGAAAUCUCUGGGUUUCAGAGUCAACCGAGAACUCCCCUCUAGAACCAGUACAUGUACUGCAAGCCUGUAGCCAGAAAAUUUAAAAAAAAGGGGGGGGGUCUUUUUCUCAAAAAGUGGACCUUUCACAAUGAAAUCUAUGUGUACCUAGAUCAAAUUUUAUCCAGAAUAGACCUUUUCUGACAAAAAGGGCCGUUCUUUCAAACCCUCCGAACUCCCCAGGCUAUGUGCCUGUACCAUCAGGUGACUUCCAAAAUAUUGAAAGAGUCGUACAGUAUGCCUCAGUGCAUGGGUAGAGAAGGAGAGUCACUUGUUAGUACCCUGAAAAUCAGCAUGCUGAAACGGUGUCAAAACUGGGUAGAGGAGAGUCACAGUCGGUGCUCUGAAACUUAGGGUGUUUGCUCAGUAGGUACUCCGUGUUGUAUCCUAUAAAUCUGAAAAGAACAUAGGUGCAAUAUGAUUUCUUUUACAAGGGAAUAGUGGACCAAGGUUUACCUAGCUUUCAACUAUGCUAAUAGUACAUGUACAUGAUAAGGAUAAUCAUAUAUUCUGCUUUCUCACUGUUUGAAGAGAGUAUUUCUCUCUCCCUCUCUGUUCUUUCACCUCCCUCCCCCUUUAAAAAUAUGCCUGCCAUUGUCAUAUAAAAUAUCUUUUCUCAGUUUGUAUCAAAGCAAAACAGGAUUAUUAUUCAUUAUUCAAAUCAAAGAAACCUUUUACAACUGAAAUAUGUCUUGUUGUACUUUUCCUAGCUUUAAAUGCAUUGCUGGAGUAUUGUGCCUAUGUGUACAGUGCCAUUAUCCUGUGAAAUAUACUCUCUCCUCGCUGCCUUGGAUAAGGUUUAUGUGUUAUUAUGAUUAUACUGAAAAGCUAUGGAUUGCAGCAUUUUUAAAUACAGUUGUAAAUGUUGAAGUUUACUGUUAUUUAUUUGUACUUUUACCAUAGUUUGCUAUGAUGUGAACUAUAUUAUUUUACUCUGCUCCCAAUACCAACUCAACCCGUUUUGACUCACUUGCUGUGGCGUAGUAAUAGCAAUAUACUGUUGUGCUAAUACAGAAAAGCCAUGAUCAUAAAUGGGCUAACUUGGACUGGAAAUAGACUAAAACUGGGUUCCCACAAAGCUAUCGUUCUAGCAGGAUCAAUCCAUCUCUGAGGGGCUUCUUGCUAAAUUGCAUUCAGUUUAAACAGCUCAAAUGUCUGUCAUGCCCACUGAAGCUGCUAGGGGGGUAAAUAACUUUUGUGCAUGCUUAAACUGAAAGCAAUUUAGCGAAAUCCCCUUGGAGAUAGAUCGAUCCUGCUAGUACAAUAGGGUUAUGGGAAUGGUCUCUUAUUGCCGUCCUCAGAGGAAUGACUUGAUGAACAUGGGAUUUAAAAUUCCAUGGUGAGAAGACACUAGUGCCAGUUUAUAAGCUACACAGUAUGUAAUCCGGUGAUGUGGGGACAUUUUGUGGUUUAAAUAUUGGUUUAAGUUAGUCAGUUGGUGAAUCUGUCUUUUCUGCAUGAUCUGAUGGAACAUACCGUACCUCAUUGUGAGAUUUACAGGGUACAUCUGUGAAUAAAUUCAUUUUACUGAUUACUUUACUGAUAAGUGUAUUACAUGUAUUAGUCUCACUGUUACACCCCCAUUGCCUCUUUUUCUUCAAUGUAAUGAAUUGUAUCCAAUUUGCAUAUUGCAGAUUAACUGAAUUACCUGUGUCUUACCAAGCACACUACUGGUUCAACAGAUCAUAUUUUACAGUUUUGGUAAAAAUGUAACUUUUUGCAGUGUUUAGUUGUUACUUUGCAGUACUGUUUAAGACCUUAAACAAAAGUAGUCUCAUACUCUGCUGUAAAAGGAUUUAAUGUUACCAAACUGUGAGCAUAUUAGCGCAUGGUUUGGCCUUAUUGGAAAAUGGUGAUGAUUUAACAAUUAUACACAGUGUAUGUUAUCUACAUUUUUUUUUUCACAUUUUCAGUCUUAUACCAUGAUACCAAAAAUCAUGGCAAAGAAUUUACAAAAUCAGACGUGUGUCCCUUCCUACUUCUUUUCAUUAAUGUCCAGACCAGUGGAGUUAAUUCACUAACAUAAUCAUACUUUAAUUUCAGAAAACAAUGUGGCAUGAUUCUGAAAAUAUGUCUUAAAUCCAGGCCCGUAGCCAGCAAUUUCAAAAG